AUGCAAGAGUUCCCCUGGAAGAACCACAGCUCCAUCUCUGAGUUUAUCCUUCUGGGCUUCUCUAGGAAUUCCCAAACUAACAUCAUCCUCUUCAACAUCUUCCUCUUCCUCUACCUCUCUACACUCGUGGGUAAUGGGCUCAUUGUGACUUUGAUCUACUUGGAUUCUCGCCUCCACACACCCAUGUACUUCUUCCUCAGUGUCCUUUCCAUGUUGGACAUGAGCUAUGUCACCACCACGGUGCCCCAGAUGUUGGUGCAUCUUGUCUGCCAGAAGAAAACAAUCUCCUACGUUGGAUGUGUGGCCCAGAUGUGUAUCUUUCUUGUGUUGGGCAUCACUGAAGGCUGGCUGUUUUCUGUAAUGGCCUAUGAUCGCUAUGUCGCCAUUUGCUACCCACUCAGGUACAAGAUUAUCAUGAGCCCAUGGCUAUGUGUGGCAUUGGUGGUCUUUUGUGGGCUAUGGGGUGUUAGUUGUUCCCUUGUCUAUACUGUCUUUACCAUGCGUCUUCCCUACUGUGGCCCCAAUGAGAUCAACCACUUCUUCUGUGAAGUCCCUGCUGUGCUGAAGCUUGCCUGUGCAGACACAUCUCUCAAUGAUCGAGUAGAUUUCAUCCUCGGCUUCAUCCUACUCCUGGUACCACUUUCCUUCAUCCUGGCCUCGUACGUCCGCAUCUUUGCUGCCAUCCUGAGAAUCCGCUCAGCCCAAGGAAGGCUCAAGGCCUUCUCUACUUGUGCCUCUCACAUCACUGUGGUCACCAUGUUCUGUGGACCCGCCAUGUUUAUGUACAUGAACCCUGGAGCCAAUGCCUCUCCAGAACGGGACAAGAAACUGGCUCUAUUCUAUAAUGUUAUUUCUGCCUUUCUCAACCCUAUAAUCUACAGUCUCCGAAACAAAGAUGUGAAAAGGGCUUUCUUCAAAGUAACAGGCCUGGGUAAAACACCUAGGUGA